CUUUUGACAUCAAUUUGACAAAAGCUGUAUCCCAUCUAGGCCUGACCUUGUUUAACUGGCUAGCUAGCUAGUUGUCCUGAAUGUUUUAACCGUUUUAUAAUUUUAGCAGCCCGGUUUAACCAGAAUCUUUGGUCCCGGAAUAAAACAGUAGCGCCGAUGACCGACUGCGAGGGACUACAAGACGUUUCAUGUAGUUUUUACUCUUGAAGAAUAUGGAGGUAGUGGACAGUCCUCUAAACCUCGCCCAUCAGCAGUCCAGGAAGGCAGACCGUUUGUUGGCAGCUGGUAAAUAUGAAGAAGCUAUUUCCUGCCAUGGGAAAGCUGCAGAGCUGCUGAGGGAAGCCAUGACGCUGACCGAGUGUGAACAGGCUGGUCUGUCCAUGGCACUCCAGAGGGACAGCCACGUGAAGCAGCAGCGGCUGAUUGAGGAGAAAUGGAGGAGGACCAGACAGGAGGGCAAGCCCAGGGUCCUCCAGAGCCACCCCUCACACCAGCCCCCUGGCCUCUUGACCAGCGAGCCCCCCCGCCACCCAGAGAGGGAGUACGACACCUGGCUGUACCUCCUGAAGAACAAGGGUGCCCCCCCCCCCAAGCCCUGCCCCGGCAGCAAAACCCACAAGGAUGAUAAGACCCGUCUGGAGGAGCAGCAGACCACCAUCGCCAACCUGCGGCGCCUCCUGGACCAUCUGGCGGGAGAGAACGAGAAGCUGACCCAGGACAACCAGCGCCUGCGUGGGAGAACAUCGGCUGAAGAGGACGCGGCGGACACAGACUUACUGGAGAAGUCAGAGCUGUGGGUUCUGCCUCAGUCAGAGGAGAGGAAGAACAAGGAGAUCCCCAUCCCUACCCCCCCUCUGGAGAUGCCCGAGGACAUCUCUCUGGAUGACCUGCCUGCCCUGGAGCUCCCCGAGGACAGCCAGCACCAACUGCAGGCGCUGCUGGACAGAGACAACAAGCUGUGAUGAGCCAUGCGGACAGACAGACAGACAGAGACCCCAGCCAGCCCAGCACUAACUAACUAAAGGGAGCCUCUCUACAGAGAGACUGUGUCCAGACUAGACUGGAGGAAAGCUGGCAAAUCUCAAUAAAAGUGUUUGAUUGGUUGGUGGCCUCAGGCACUAGAUAGCAACCACAAGUGGUCACAGUGACAAGUUGGUAAAGGUCAUUUCUCCUAGUUCUGUCAGUCUCCCCAGUGUCUCCCCAGUGGGUACUACAUCUAGUUCAUAAAAGAAAAACAAACUCUUUGCAGCAAUUGUGCCUUUUGAAAAUGUCUGAAAUGUUUGUGUUAGUUACCAUGUAGUUGAAGGUAAGUCAAAAGGGAGAGACUAUAAUCAGGGAUCUCCCUGCUUUGAUAACAGGUCUCUCUAUCUGGAGGCCCUGACUGGUCGACUGGGAUGACUGACUGACCCUCUGAUACCCACCAGGGGGAGGGUUGACUGACUGACCCUCUGAUACCCACCAGGGGGAGGGUUGACUGA